ACUCGAGCUGAGCUCAUCUCCUAGCUCACAGCCUCUUCCGAGCUACCAGUGCUUAGCCCAGAAGCAGCAGCAAGCAAGAAGCUUGCGGCAGUAGCGAUGGCGAAGUCCUACACCUUACUGUUCGGCGCGCUGGUCGUGCUCGGGCUUCUAGUGAGCCCCAUUGCUUGCACCCGCAAGCUCGCCAAGCCAAACAGGCACAGGCGGCCGGCGCACAGGCCGGCAGUGAGGGCCCGCAGCAACCACACCGCUACCCCCUCGGCCUCCUACGCCUACGGCUCCGGCGGCUGGCUGUCCGCCGGCGCGACGUACUACGGCGCGCCCAACGGCGACGGCAGCGACGGCGGCGCGUGCGGCUACCAGACUGCCGUCGGCCAGCGGCCGUUCUCGUCGAUGAUCGCCGCCGGGAGCCCGUCUCUGUUCAAGGGAGGCAAGGGAUGCGGCGCCUGCUACGAGGUUAAAUGCGACAGCAACCCGGCGUGCUCCGGGCAGCCGGCGACCGUGGUCAUCACCGACGAGUGCCCCGCCGGGGUCUGCCUCGCUGAGGCGGCCCACUUCGACAUGAGCGGCACCUCCAUGGGCGCCAUGGCGAAGCCCGGCAUGGCCGACAGGCUCCGCGCCGCCGGAAUCCUCAAGGUCCAGUACAAGAGUUACCGCUCUCGUGCGUGGAAGGGUGCCGUGCAAGUACAGCGGCGUGAACAUCGCCUUCCAGGUGGACCAGGGCUCCAACCCGUUCUACUUCGAGGUGCUGGUCGAGUUCGAGGACGGCGACGGCGACCUCAGCGCCGUCCACCUGAUGGAGGCUGGCUGCAGCACCUGGACGCCGAUGGUGCAGAACUGGGGCGCGCUGUGGCGCUACAACUCCAACACCGGCAAGGCGCUGAGGGCGCCAUUCUCGAUCCGGCUUACCUCCGACUCCGGCAAGGUCCUCGUCGCCAACAACGUCAUCCCCGCCAGCUGGAAGGCCGGAGCCACGUACCGCUCCUUGGUGAACUACUCUUAAAUGACUGCUCCCAGAUCAAGUGGUGUGGACGGGACUGCGUAUCGGGGUGUUUGCGAGAGGCGGUGUCAGUCUGUCAGAAGAGAAGCAGGUUAAAGAAUCCUGCUGUUCGAUUCUUUCCCUCCCUCCACGGUCUCUGCGGCCCCCGGUGAUGCGCGUUGCCGUGUACUAGUCGUUGUGUCUAUUUUUCUGUACGUGUUUUUUUUCUUUUUUCUUCCUCUCAGUUGUGAUGUCGAGGAGAGAAGCAAGCUUGAGCUGCGACUAAUGUUGCAUGCUGGUGUGUCGGCUAUGAAAUUGUGUGUGUGUUUUUUUGCCA